CGGUUUCUACACCGAUUCUUAUGAUAUUUUCGCUAUCGGUUUGGUUUCUUCUAUGUUCGGAUGGAUUUACUACGCUCCCACUCAUAAGACUCCCCACACUACAGUUACAACGUCGAUACCGCUCUCAAGGUCUCUGCUUCCGUUGGUACCGUCGUUGGUCAGCUUCUCUUCGGUUGGCUUGCCGAUCGCGUUGGUCGUAAGCGCAUGUAUGGUGUUGAAUUGAUGAUCAUUAUUGUUGCUACCGUUGCUCAGGCUCUUGCUGGUAACGGUCAGGCUGUCUCUACCUGGGGUGUCAUCACCUUCUGGCGUGUCAUUCUUGGUGUUGGUAUUGGUGGUGAUUAUCCUUUGUCUUCUGUUAUCACUGCUGAAUUCGCCACCACCAGCCGUCGUGGUGCUAUGAUGGCCGCUGUCUUUGCUAUGCAAGGUUUGGGUCAAGUCUCCGCUGGUAUUGUUGCUCUUAUUGCCACUGCUGCUUUCCAAAACUCCAUCCGUGCUGACCCCGCCAACUUGGACUAUGUCUGGCGUAUCGUCAUCGGUGUUGGUGCCAUCCCUGGUUUCAUGGCUCUCUACUACCGUCUCACCAUUCCCGAAACCCCCCGUUAUACCAUGGAUGUUGAACAAAAGAUCGAAAAGGGUGCCCGUGAUGCUUCCGCUUUCAUUGAGCGUGGUGCCGCUGCUGGUGACUACACUGAUAACAUUGCUGUCGCUCGCGUUGAAGGUGUUGCCACCAGAGUCCUUUUCGGUGCCGCAUACUCUUGGUUCGCUCUUGAUAUCGCUUGGUACGGUCUUGGUCUUAACAACUCUAUCAUUCUUAACAACAUUGGUUUCUCCGGUGGUAGCGAUGCCUACACUGCUAUGUUCAACAACGCUGUUGGUAACAUCAUCAUUACCCUCCUUGGUUCCGUUCCUGGUUACUGGAUCUCCGUCUUCACCAUCGAAAAGAUGGGCCGUAAGACCAUUCAGAUCAUGGGUUUCACUAUGUUGACCAUCCUUUUCAUCAUUCUUGGUUUCGGUUACCACGCCAUUCUUGCCAAGUCCCAAGCUGCCUUCAUUGUCCUUUAUACCUUUGCCCAGAUCUUCUUCAACUGGGGUCCUAACACUACCACCUUCAUUGUUCCUGGUGAAGUCUUCCCUACCCGUUACCGUUCCACUGCUCAUGGUAUCUGCGCUGCUUCUGGUAAGCUCGGUGCUAUCGUUUCCCAAGUCGCUUUCGGUCUCCUCAAGGAUAUCGGUGGCUCCAACGCCUGGAUUGACCAUCUUUUGGAGAUCUUCGCUUUCUUCAUGUUGACUGGUAUCUUCUCUUCCCUUCUCAUCCCUGAGACCAAGGGCAAGUCUUUGGAAGAACUCUCCGCUGAGAUGGACGAGAUCUACGCUGGCAGCAACCACACUGCUGCUGUUGACCCUAUGUAACCGUAUCGUAUUGAUAAUCUUGUUUCUAAUAUUUAUGUAUGUAAAUCAAGUAUCUCUAAAAGAAAUGGUUGCCUCCUUUAUACAUU